AUGGCUGAUGAAACACAUGAUGUAUCGGGACACGAACAACUCAGUAUAGUUGUACGUGUUAUCGAUCAUGAAGUUAAAAUAAGUAAUGACUUAAAUCAACAGUCAUCUCUAUUUAAAGAAUAUUUUCUUGGUUUCAUCAAACUUGAUAAAUUUGAUGCACAAACAUUAACUAACGAAAUUGUAAAGUUUUUAUCAUCUUUAAAUAUCAAUUUAAAAGAUUGUAUAGCUUUGUGUUUUGAUGGUGCAUCAGUCAUGUCGGGGAAUAAUGCUGGGAUUCAGGCGUUGUUACGUCAACAAUAUAUUCCCAAUGCAAUUUAUGUACAUUGCUAUGCACAUAAAUUGAAUCUUGUCAUAUGUGAUGUUACAAGUGCUGUUCCAUACUUAUCAGAAUUCUAUUCAAUCAUUAAUAAAGUUUACACUUAUUUUCAUACAUCAAGUGUUAUGAACGAAACACUGAAAUUAGUUCAACAACAAUUAAAUUUAAAAGAAUCAGAAGAUGAAGGUACAGAGCGUUCGAUAGAUGCACGUGGUUUAUUAUUAGCUUUGAAAGAACCAUUAUUCGUUGCCACUAUUUUCAUUUUGGAUUAUCUACUUGGUAAAAUCAAAAUCCUAUCCGAUCAAUUAAAAUCUAAACCACUCGAUUUUGGUGCAGCUCAUUAUUUGAUUAGUUCUGUUAUUAAUCAAAUUAGUGACCUUAGAAAUGAAGAAGAGUUUUUCAAACUAUGCGAUAACAUUACUGAAUUUUCUGCUGAAAAUAAUAUCUAUUUGAAUGUUAAAAUGAAGGAAAGAAGAAUAAAAACAACUUCUACUAGAUUUACAAAUUAUUUCAUUAGAUCUACAAUUGGACAGCGUGAGGAAAUUGAUAGUAAAAAUAAAUACAGAAUAUUUGUUUUCUAUCCAGUAAUUGAUUCCAUUCUUCUUGAAAUGAAUGAUCGUUUAUCGAAAACAAAUAUGGAAAUUCUUCAUAGUAUUUCAUCACUAUCACCUGAUAGUCCAACAUUUUUAGAAAUAGAAGCAUUGAAAGCUUUACGUGUAAUAUUACAAUCUGAUAUUCACUUGUUACAUAAUGAAAUUCAAGUACUAAAACCAAUGUUGAAACAAUUAAAACUAAAAAAUAUGAUCAAUUUGUAUUUUGAAAUUUUACCAUUAAAACAAGCAUUUCCAUGUAUGCUAUCACUUCUUAUUGGUGCAAUGACAAUUUCAGUAUCAUCAACCACAACAGAAAGAACUUUUAGUAAAAUGAAGCACAUUAAAACUGUUGCACGUAACAAUGAAAAUUGGCACAAUGCACGUCAACAAGAAGCUACUCAUUUGCAUUUAAUUAAACCAAUAACACUCUCUAUAAAUCUUUUCAAAUGUCUUUAUUCGGACAAUAUCAAUUUUCCUGUUUGGAAGAUUUCUGGACAAAUUUCAACUGUAGAUAUACGAAUUUCGGAUAUGCGCUUGUUUAAGAUUAUUAAACAUAUUCAAUCACUUUCAUUUCCACAAUCAAAACAUCGUGCGAUAACAACCGUAGAAAAUAAAACUGAACUAUGGACGAUGACGCCUCUAAUCGAUAUUACUCAACAGACAUUAGAGACAAUUGAAAAUAUGACACCUAUGAAAAAGGUUUUGCAAAAAUUGGCUGAUGAAAAUCAAGAAAUUCAAAACAAAGUCGAAGAACAAUUUACACAAAUUGAAGCUAAUUUUAAAAUUUCACAAAUCGAUCUUCUUCUCGAAGAAGAAAAAGAAGAUAAAGAUUAUCCAUUUCUUCGUAUUUCAUUUGUAUCAAUGUAUGUACACACAUUCGUCAAAACAUUUGACAUAGAAUUCCAAGCAUCACUAGAUGAUUUGAUUAUUUAUCAUGAACAGUUCAUAACAAAAGAUAAUCACAAUCUUCGUUUUCUUGCUGCUCAACAUGAAGAAAAUAAAAUUAUCGAUAAAAUAAAUUCAAAGAAAUUAGUUAGCAUACAUAUUUUGCAUACAUCAUUAGAUAAUCCAUUGUUUACAUCGUCGAAAUAUGAUGGACUUGAAAAUAAAGUUCGAAUACAUUUGAGCAAACUGAUUGUUACAUUACAAUUAGAAGCAUUAUUAUCCAUCAUGAAGUUUCAAGAUAAUAUCAUGCAAAAAUGGCCAACAGAUAUAUUUGAAGAACAAAUUAAAAAAGAACAAUUACUUGGAAAAAUAUCUGAAGAAAAUAAAACAAUGUCUACUAUCGGAAAAUUUGUUAAAACAAAUCGUCUAUCAUCUGCAAGCACAAUCGAAAUCGAAGCUAAUUUAGAAGAAUUUCAUAUUGUUAUUGCAACCAUGGAUACUCAAAUGUUUGAUAUUUAUGUUCAUGGUGUCAAAGCCAAUAUGCAUAAUACAUCUAAUGAAACAUUUGUCAAUUUAAUUCUUACCGAUUUUUAUAUGUUUGAUCCUCAUGUGGAUGCACGAUUUCGAAAGGGAUUUCUUGACACAUUGAAUAUCUCAAAAGCAGCACUUGAACUUAGUCAAUAUCAAACUGAUGCUAUUUAUGAACAAAUACAAAAUUUACAAAAUCAAGCAUUUAAAUUACGUCUAAAUGCUACAUUUAAUGCACCAAAUAUUAUUGUUCCCAUAAAUGCCUAUUCAGAUGAAGCAUUAUUCCUUGAUUUAGGAAAAUUAAUAUUAGAAACAAAAUUUAUUGAUGACCCAAAAACAUUUCUUGUUGAACAACAACAAGUUAACAUUGAAAAUGUUCGUGCUAGUCGAGUUAAACUCAAUAAAAAUAAUGAAAUACAAAGUGAAAUCAUUCUACUCGAAUGUGCAAAUUUAAAAAUCGAUAUUGAUAGACUUUUAUAUCCUGAAAAAAUAAAAACUGAAGCAUAUAUUUCGCUUAAAAUGCAAUGGGAUUUUAUUCAUGUAGGCUAUUUAAUAAUCAUAAUUGAAUAUAUUUUUUUCUUUCAGUUUCAAUUAGCUAAAAAUGAUUAUUUAUGUGUAAUGAAAAUUUUGAUGGAAAAUUUUCAAGAUCAAACAAUAACAAAUGUUGUUAUUCGUGAACAAUAUCAUUAUCGACAAGAGCAACAAAAACGAGAAGAAGAUGCUUUACGAAAUGCUGUUAUUAAAAAACAAAAAGAAUGGCAGAUUGGUCAAAUACUUGAAAAAAUUAAAGUUCAUGCUACAAUCAAGAAACUUGCACUAACUCUUUAUCUGGGUGAAUCAAAUUUGAUUAAUCGUCAUGUAAAACAUGAAGAAAGUUUGAAAUUAGCUAAUGUAGAAGUUGAUAUAUUCGAAGUUAUCUUUCGACAACAUUCAAAUUCAAGCUAUAAAGUCGUAGCACGUGUAAAAAACUUUCUAUUUGAUGAUCUACGAGAAACACAUCAAGCAGAUGCUGUUGUACAUAUGAUGGAUCGACAUUUUACUGUUGAUCCAAAUGCGUACAUGCUUAUAGCUACUUUAGAAUUUCAACCAAAAGAUCAAACAUACUUAAUAGCUCGACAAAAAAUAAAUGUUCAAUUGGAAAGUCUUUAUAUUUGUAUUAAAUUAGAUUAUUUGAUGAUAUUACAAGAUUUUUUCAUGUCAAACUUGCCGAUAAAUGAUAAAAAUAGAUCACAAAAUCCAGCAAUAGAAAUGAUGAAACCUAAUAAUGAUCUUCAAAAUAAGGAUAUAUCUAAAAAAUAUGAACCGAAUCAUAGUCAUACUACAAUGGCAACUUCUAAAUUAUCCUCGAUUGAAACUAUUAAUACUGAUGUUGAAACUAGAAUUGACAUUCUUGUUAAAAAUCCUGAAAUAAUUUUACUCGAAGACCAACAUAAUUCUAAUUCAAAUUGUCUUGUACUAAAUUUUGCCCUUAAUAUGCGUGCGAUUAACGUUGGAGAUGAUACAAAACUAUUUAGUACAUUAAAUGAUUUAACUAUCUAUAGUUCGAAUUUCGCUGAACUGAAAUCUUCGAAAGUUAAAUAUCGAAUUUUACAACCAGCCAAAGUGGAUUUAACGAUAAUGAUCGAUUCAGAGCAACAAAAAGUUGAUGUUCGUUUUACACAUAUUAUUAUUAACAUUACACCAGCUGCUGCUCGUAUACUUAUUGGUGUUACUAGUUCGUUAAAUAAACAUCAACCAACAAAUAAACAAGAAAAAUUCGAUGUUCAAACAAUGUUUAAUCCAAAACCAAUUAACGAAUCUGAUUUUUGGUAUUUGAAAGAAGACACUAUUGAUAUUCCAUCAGAGAAAAACUCUCGUGUUGAAAAUAAGAAGAAGAAAGAUAAAAGUUGUCUUUUCCAACAACUUGUUUUAGCAUUAACAACUAUGGAAAUAAAACUUAAUGUUGGUUUUGGUUCAGUAACAAAAUCAGUCGCUGCAAUUUGUCUAUCGAAUUGGGAGAUUGAAGUUAAAAAUUGGUCCGAUCAGAUGACUGCUUCAUUGACAAUGAAUAUUGAAGCAGCUUUAUACAAUGAGCAUACUCUUGCAUGGGAACCUCUUAUUGAACCGACAUUUGAUGAAAAUAAAACACGUCUUUUACCAUGGAAGAUCACAUGUUCAAUAACACCUUUAUUUCCAAUAUCUGAUCGUUUUGAAUUAUUAUCAUUGACGAAUACUAAACAACAGCAACAAAAAAAAGUUUCUGGUCUCAAUGCUAAACAAUUAAUUUCAAUUCAAGCUCAACAAUUAUUAAAUAUUACUAUAACAAAAACAGGUUUUGAGCUUAUUGAACAUUUAUCUUCUUUAUUUAAUGAUAUUUAUAAUCAACGUUUACCCAAAAAAAAUAUCGAUGAUAAUGAAUCGAUGUUAUCAUUAGUAAAUUUAACAGGACAAAUUAUUUUUAUGGAUAAUCUAAAUGGUCUCGAAUUUACUGAUAAUAUAUCGUGGACUUCAAAAGUUAUCUCACAAAAUGAAACGAUUCCAUUAAAUGCAUCUGUUGAACGUUUAUCAUCAAUUUAUCGACUUUCUGUUAUUGAAGAACAAACCUCUAAAAAUCGACAAGAAUUUUCUGUUCAAAUUUAUGAUAGUAAUAAAUUGAUAAAUAUUAGUCGAACAUGGCAACGUAUAUAUGAUUUAAAGCCAUCAUUGAUUCCAAUAUUUCCGAUUCAAUUACUUUGUGAUACUCAAAUACAUAAUAAUUGUCGACGCAUAAUUCUUAGUUCCGUUGUCAAAAUAUAUAAUAAUACAACAUUACCAAUAGUUAUACUAGAUUUUGAUUCAAAGACAGAAAAAUCUAAUCAUCGAAUUGAAAUUAAUGAAUAUUAUUAUGUUCCUAUUGAUCUUCUUUAUAAAAAUUCGAAUCUAUCGAUUUUUAUUGGCGUUGAUGAGUAUGAAAAAGGAGUAGAUAAUGCUGAAUCAACAUUAAAAUCACCAGAUAUUUUUUAUUGAGAAGCGAAAGAAGCUUAUUUAGAGAAUACAGAUCAACUUGAGCGAGUAUCAUAUAAUAUUUAUAUUCAUUCAACUAUUCAUCUAACCAAUCUUUUACCAAUUGAUAUUCAAUGUUCUAUUAAUAAUUUGGAACAAAUUUAUCUUAAACCGAGUCAAUUACAAUUAAUUACAUCUGGUGGCAAAAAUUCUAUAUUGAGAUUUAUUAUUCCAUUUUACAAUGAAGUUGAAUGGAUCUCAGACCCUAUUGAUUUAGGAAUAAGAAAAAAAAGUGAUCCUAGUGAACGAGUUAUUACUUUCUGUAAUGCUGCAUGUCCCAAUAAACAACAAAUUUUAAUUUGUGUUGAUAUAACAACAAGUUCAUUUGGCUUAACAAAAAUUGUUACGUUGUCACCAGCUAUGGUUAUUAUCAACCGAACUUCAAUUCCUAUUGAAAUCGUUGAAACUUUAAUGGGUAAAGAACAAGAUCAAUGGAUUUUCGUGGAACAUGAUGGAGUUAUUCCUUUUUGGCCACAAAAUGCCAAAGAAGGUUCAAUGCAUGUUCGUUAUGCACAUAAUCAAAAGAAAUCAAAAGCAUUUUCAAUCAAUAAAAAACAUCAGACAUUAUUGUAUAUGAAUGAUGAAGAACGUUUAGUUAUUUUUGUAGAAGUUAUUGCCACUGAUUUUGAUGGUGUGCGAGUGAUUUUUAGUGAUUAUAAACAAGGUGACGCACCCGUAUUGCUUAUCAAUCAUACACAUGAUCAAUUAAUUUCGUUUGUUCAAAAGAAUGAUGUGACAACUCAAUAUUUAGUACCAAAACAUUUUGUCUAUUAUACAUGGAUGGAUCCGUUAAAACCACGUGAGAUGAUUGUUACUUGCAAUGACAAAUCGAAAACGAUUGAACUCAAUCCUCAUCGUGGUGAUCUUGAUAUAAGUGAAAAUCAUGGUAUUGUCAGCUAUGUUGUAUUCAUUGAUGGUGUUCAAACUGUAUUACUUUUCUCGUACGAUGACCAGAUUAUUGGAGCCACAUUAAAUAUACCAUCUUCAACUCAAUCUAUCUGUCGACGUCUUCAACUUGGAAUUUCUGAUGUUGGUCUAUCAAUUGUAAAUGAUAUUAAACGAGAAGAACUUCUUUAUAUUAGUAUUAAAAAGUCAAAACUUAUUUGGGUUCAAAUGAGAAAAUCUCGAGUGAAACCAUUUUCACAUGAUAUGCAAACACAUUUAGAAGAAUUAUAUAAAAUACACCUACAACUAGUAGAACAAAAUCCGAAUGAUGCAACUCUUCAUCAAACGAAAUAUCAAAUGUGUGAAUAUCGUGAAGUUAUUUUUUAUGAAAAUGCUGCUGAAUUAGUCAAUCAAAAAGGCGAACAUAAAUUAGCUAAACGAAAAUCACUUGAUGGAUUAUGGAUUGAAUAUACAUGGUCAAUGACUAAUGCAGCUUUUUAUACUUGUAUUAAUCAUAUUCAAAUUGAUAAUCAACUGGAGUGUACCAAUUUUCCCAGUAUUCUCUAUCCAAUAUUAUCUAAAACAGCAGACUCUGAUAUUACUGAAAAACCAUUUAUUGAAUUAAGUAUUUACGAAUCAAAAACAUUACAAUCAAACAUAAUGCAUUUUCAAUAUUGCAAAUUACUUGUUCAAGAAUUUGUACUUCGAGUUGAUCAAGGUUUAAUUUUAGCUAUUCUUGCUUUCUUUAGACAAGAAAAGAAUACAAUGAUAUCGAUGAUCAAUAUGGAUACAGAUUUAGAACAUAUUAACAAGUCACUUCAAGAUAUUAUUAAAGUACAAACUGAUACUCCAAUGGGUGAAACACAAAUGUACUUUAACAACAUUCAUUUAUCACCACUUAAAGUAUCUGUUUAA